UGUUAAACAUAACUGCCCAACCUAUGUUUUUUGAUGGCACAAGUCAGCCUCCUUUAGAUUCACCACCCAGUGUGUCUUUAAAUCCAGGUAUCAACUCAUCCAUCGCACAUGCUAUCAUGGCCAUUUCUUCAGCGGGCAUCUUGUUUGCUAUUUUUUGUUUCUUUGUUGUAUUAUGCUACCGUAAACACGAGGUCUUUAAGGCUUCCAGGUAAUCCGCUUUUUUGUUGUCUAGAAUUGAUUGGAUUUAUGCUGACUUAUGCUUCUGUUAUGUUGAUGAUCGGCAUACCUACAGCUACUUCGUGUAUUGUUACGCCAGUUGCUUUUAGUCUGGGUUUCAUACUGGUGAUAGGAAAUAUGAUUGCCAAAAACUAUCGCAUCUAUCGUAUUUUCAACAAUAUCUUUAUUACACGAAAUGUAAUUACAGACUCCCAUUUGAUCAGAACUGUGUUUGUGCUUGUGGGUUUGGAUGUGAUUAUACUUGUUGUAGGUUUAUUAGUAGCAAGACCUGUUCCUUCAAAAUUUGAAGUGUCUUACUCAAGCCAUUAUUGGUCAUGUGAGCCACAAGGCAACAAUAAGAUUGUGUUCCUAGUAUUAACUGCAAUCUAUGCAGCAUGUUUACUGUUGUUUGCUACUUUUCUCGCUUACAAGACAAGAUUUGCAGGCAAGCAAUACAGUCGAUAUAGUGAAUGUAAACAAAUGGGCCUUUCUGUAUACAACAUUUUGUUUUCUGCACUUGUGGGCUUUGCUGUCGUUGUAAAUCCAUUAGCCGAUUUCUAUACAAAAUAUUACAUUGAAGUAAUUGCUGUACUCUGGGCUACUUCUUUUUCUUUGCUCGUCCUCUUUUUACCAAAACUUCAAGCGUUCUUUCGAAUCAAACUCAAUGAAAGAAAGCAAGAUGAAGGACAAGAAAAACCAUCAGCGAAUAAUCGGAAAACCAUCUUUUCUUUUCUCAAGUCGACAAAUGCUACACCGAGCCACUUAUACGAUCGACAAUCGGCCCAUGGCAACGAAUUAUUGAGUCUUGAACAAAUUUUGGCUUCAGACAAUCCUGUAUUAGAUGACGAUGAUGACGAGGAAGAUGACGACGACGCUCAGUUGCGUAGACGUAAACCAAGUGCUGCAAGCUCUUCAACAACACCCAAGAACGGACAAGGUAAUUUUAUCGAAGUCCAUGAAGGAGAAAUGCCUAUUCGGAAAGUGUUUCGCUAUUUUCCUUGGUUGUCGCAAUGGGAAAUGCAUCACAUCAUGGUGUUUCCUUGGCUAGGCUAUUUUUCUCAUUUUUCAAAACAUGCUAAGAAGGGUACAGUCAUGUCGUAUUCCCAUGUCUCUGUCUAUUCUACCAAACUCGAGGACUAUGUACUAAAAAUACAUGGACAAGGAUGGUCCGACAUGUAUAUCCAGUUACCAAGUCUAAACUCACUACAAAUGUGGGAGCAAUGUUUUAGUCAAAAGAAGCCAGACUAUCUUGCUUUUCUGCGCCAAGAACAAGCCAUACAAAAAAAGGAGCUAACCACUCACCAUCCUCAUGAUAUGUUGGCCUCAAGCAUGUCCCAAGACCAUUUGUUAAGAAGAUUAAGCGACCAGUCAGAAGAAGACUUGAGUAAUGCAAACACAAUGAUUGCGCUUGCUACAAGCCAGAUACCAUAGAUUUAAUAUUAAUUUUUUGUACUUUUUAUUAAAAAUAAUUUGAGUCAUAAUCAAG